AUGCAUGAGACCUCCAAGGUGAAAGGAGAUAAGGCGGAGGAAGACACAUCAGUUUUUUGCACCAACAUAUUGGCGUCGUCUGUGGGAUGCACUCGGCUUUGGUUUAAACAGUUGAAACCAAAGUUCGUUAGCUUGUUCACAGAGCUCCGCGAUGCCUUUCUCACCAAUUUUAUCGUUGGAAAGAAGAAACUAAAGACGUUUGCGCAUCUAAACAACAUAGUUCAGAAGGAUGGGGAAUUACUGAAAGAUUAUAUCAAGCGCUUCAACUUUGAAUCGCUCCAGCUCUGGAAACACUCGGACGAAAUGGCACUUAACUCAAUCAUGCAAGGCAUGAGAGAGAAGUCAUUUCUGGCUUCUUUGGACAAAAACCCGCCGACUACUUUGGCAGAAUUCUUGGCUCAGUCAGAUAAGUACGCGGAUGUCAAAGAAACCCGGAUCUUACGCGAGGCCGCUCAAAACGCAAAAACCUCGGCCAAAGAGUUAGCAAAAAAAGAAGUUGACUCGGCUGGUGGUAAGAAGCGUAAGGAGGAUCGGUCCUGCGACAAUCGCAAGACGAAUAAGCGACCCGAUAACAAGUUUUCUACCUAUACUCCACUCAAUAAGUAA